AUGAAUGGCUGGCGGAAAUGGGGAAGAAAAUCAACUGAAUCAAAUUGUGGGAAUGGUCGAAUAAUGCGUUGGAGUGAAGGAAGUCGACAAGGUGAAGUGAUUGUUGGUAGAAAUGGAAAAGGAGAAGAAUCAAAUCAAUUGUCUAGUCCCAUCGGUUUAUCAUUUGAUGUUGAAGAAAAUCUUUAUGGUUCUGAUUGUGAAAAUGAUCGAAUCUUGAGAUUCGUUUUUGUGAAGAUUCUCAUUGAUUUAGAAAUUUUGACGAGAAACACAAAAGCAAAUUGA